UUUAUCCAGCCCCAGAUCAGGUGAAAAACAACCGAUUGUGUAAACAUCGUUCAUCAGCUAAUACACAACGUGCUUUCUCAACUUAAUGCAUCAUUAAGUUACUGGGUUUGUGUUGCUGAUUAACUCUGAGGCCUCUGUUGAUCGGGCAGGUUCAUCGACGAGGGAUGAGGUGUCCUCCUGACACCUCCAGCUUAUUUAAAGAUGAUUUACACUUCCAUGCUUUUUCUGUCCAGGGGAUCACACACAACAACUCACACAAGGAUUCAAAGCAACCAUGUCCAUAACUUUUGUGACCUACGGAAGGAGCACAGGGCUCGUCCACAAGGAGAUGCGAUUGCCCGGCACUCGGCUCUCCUCACAGCCCAAACUCCUUCUGGAGGAGGACAGGGAGGCUGGCCUCCACUCCACCCUUGACCUCAGCGGCGCUUUAGAGGGCUGCAACCAACAUACCGAUCACCACUCCAACAAACCCUCACUGCCACAGGCUGACACACUCCCCUUGGAGACAGCUACGAUCGGCCAGCACCUUACCGGUCUGUCCAAGAUCCCGCUCCUCCUCGUCCUGCUCUUUCUCUUUGUUUGCUCCCUGGACACUCUGAGCUCUGCCUUCCAGUUAGCAGGGGGUAAAGUGGCGGGGGACAUUUUCCAGGACAACGCGGUGCUGUCCAACCCUGUGGCAGGGCUGGUGGUGGGCAUCUUGGUUACUGUGCUGGUUCAGAGCUCAUCAACCUCCACCUCUAUUAUCGUCAGUCUGGUAGCCUCUGGACUGUUAGAGGUGAGGUCGGCUGUUCCAGUCAUCAUGGGCUCCAACAUUGGGACUUCAGUCACAAACACCAUAGUGGCCAUGAUGCAAGCAGCCGAGAGGACCGAGUUUCAGCGUGCCUUCGCUGGUGCCACAAUCCACGACUGCUUCAACUGGCUGUCGGUCCUGGUCCUGCUGCCGCUGGAGGCGGUGAGCGGGUUCAUGACCCGGCUGUCCCACCUGCUGGUCACCAGCUUCCAGCUCCGGCCUGGAGAGGACGCACCGGAGCUCCUCAAAGUCAUCACCGAGCCAGUCACCAGGCUUAUCAUUCAGCUGGACAAGUGUGUGAUCACAGGGAUUGCCAUGGGAAAUGAGGACAUGAGGAACAGGAGCCUGGUGAAAGAAUGGUGCCAGACUGACCUUGUUACGUCCACAGACAAUGUGAGCAGUGAUAGCUGUGGUCGCAGUCCUGACUUGUCCAUGCAGCCUUCAGUGAAGUGUAGGCAUCUCUUUGUUUCCACCUCGCUGUCAGACCUCACCGUGGGGCUGAUUCUCCUCGCAGCCUCCCUGGUCGUCCUCUGCUCCUGUCUGCUGCUUCUGGUCAAGCUGCUCAACACUCUCCUUAAAGGCCAUGUAGCAAAGGUCGUCCAUAAAGUCAUCAACACAGACCUGCCUUAUCCGUUCGGUUGGCUGACAGGAUACGUGGCCAUGUGCGUGGGAGCUGCAGUGACAUUCGUGGUCCAGAGUAGCUCAGUCUUUACUUCGGCCAUGACUCCGCUCAUAGGUAUCGGCGUCAUCAGUCUGGAGCGGGCCUAUCCUCUCACCCUCGGCUCCAACAUCGGCACCACUGCCACGGCCCUGCUGGCAGCUCUGGCCAGUCCCGGGAACACACUAGCAGCUGCUUUGCAGAUUGCUCUGUGUCACCUCUUCUUCAACGUCUUUGGCAUCCUGCUGUGGUAUCCUCUUCCCUUCAUGCGUCUGCCGAUAAGGAUGGCUCGUGUCCUGGGUGAUCGCACUGCCAAGUACCGCUGGUUUGCAGUCUUGUACCUUCUCCUGUGCUUCUUACUCCUUCCCUCGCUGGUGCUGGGCCUCUCACUGGCUGGCUGGCGAGUGAUGGCUGGCGUUGGGGCUCCUUUCCUGGGCGUGACCAUCUUCAUCGCCGUGGUAAAUAUGUUGCAGGCCCACACCCCCCGUCUCCUGCCCGCCAAGCUCCAGAGUUGGGACUUCCUGCCCCAGUGGAUGCGCUCUCUCAGACCGCUCGACCGCCAGAUCACCAGGGCAACUGUCUGCUGCAGCUCACUGUGCGAAGAGGGGCAGGGAGAGGAAGAUGAGGAGUAUAUCUCAACACAGACGCACUCUGUCGACCAAGAGAAGGAGUCCGUGCAAAGGAAGGAAGAGCAGGCAUAUGACAACCCCGUCCUGGAUUACCCGGAUGAGAGCAGACCAGGGGUACAGGUUCUUAAAUUAAAAGGGCUGGAGAGAUGCAACAGCACUCCGCUGUAGACGGACUAAUAACAAAAGCCUAGUUUAUGACCCUUUUUGUCAAAAUCAUGGGAAAAGCUGAUCAUGGGACUGAGAAAAGCCAUUUUACAAUACUUUGGAAAUAAAGCCAUUUCUAAUAAAUGAUUGAUUGAUGGUUUUAGAUAUAACUUCUAACUUAAGUAAUUAUAACUUCCAAAGUAUCAUGAGCCAAGUAUGAGAUUUUAGUUCAGAAAACGUAGCUCUGCAGCUUGAAGCCAGACCGAAUAGUAAUUUAUUGUUAGUGGCUCUCAUGGUCACAGUCAGAAUCAGAAAAGAUUUAUUGAUGCCUGCAGGGAAAUUACUUUGUCACACUUACUCAACACAUGACUGGUAAAGAGAAGGAGAAAAUGUAAAAUUAAAAAACAACUAUACACAAUUAAUGAUAUACACAGUGAGUGAAUAGGAAAAAAGGAAAAAUUGGGAAUGUGCAAAACGUGAUUGAAGUCCCGGGAGAUUGUGGAGACACACGCUGGGUUGCAGAGAGUCGCGGUAGCAGAGUGGACGACGCCACACAGCGUUGAUAAUUUAGCAGAUGUGAUUUGACAUCUUUUUUAAUUUAAUGUUCUGGAGCUUUGAGGCAUAUCCCAUGAUUUUCAUUAACAGAUAGAGCCAUAUGCAUUUUUACCGAGCUCUUUCACGACUUUUCAUUAAUGUUCGACUUUCUUUUACCUGGUUCAAGCUUUAUCCACUGAUAGCAAUCAUUAGUGGAAGCUCCAGAACAGCUAUGAAAGGGACUUUAAGUUGUUUUUUUUCCCACUCAACUGCUUUUAUCAAGGUUAAAAAUUACACACACACACAAAAUAUAAAUUAGCAUUCUCUAGAAACACUAUGAUACUUGCAUCGACAGCUGCUCUCAGUAAAUCUGUCCCUAACAAAUAAACCAUGAAUAAACACAGUGCAGAAAAUGAAGCACGAUCCUGUAACUGCAGUUAAAGACACACAUGCCCACAAUUUACAUCGUUGCCAUGUAACACUGGACUUUAAUUAAAAAAAAUAAUAAUAUUGCAAAUGUUUUGUGAUGAAGGAAAUAUGAUCAAUAUAUUUAACUUUGGGUGAUAAACACUAAAUGUCUUAGCAAUAAACUCCUUAGGUCAGCUUCAAUACGUCAAUAAUAUUUCUUGCUGCAAAUGUAUGAACAUAAUUCAGGGGGUAGAGCGGGUCCUCCUCUAACCAGAAGGUGGGUGGUUUGAUCCCAUUUUUCCCCGUUCCACAUGCCCAAGUGUCCUUGAGCAAGCAUCCCAUAGAUGCAUGGUAUGAAUGUGUGUAAAUAGCAGAAAACUGUCCUGUAAAGUGCUUGAGUGGUCAUCAAGACUAGAAAAGCUCUAUAUAAAUACAGACCAUUUUACAUUCAGAGGAAAUUUUGAGAACAGCCACAAAUUUUCUCCAUUUGGAAGUUUGCAGAGGCCAAUAAUCAGUCGAGGAUCCUAUUCAGUGAAUAUCCAGUCAUAUGUCAAAAAGCUAAUGUUCAGAGUGAGAAAUGACAGCUCUUAUUUUUCCUAGAAGUUCAUCAAUUUGGUGUUUUCUGUUUCUGUCGAGAGAAGAGAGAGGGAAAAGGACGCCAGCUCUGUUGUGAGCAGCAGAGUCUGAUACUAAAAUAAUGUUUUUUACCACGUGGACAAAUGUUUGAUUAUUAUGUUAAAAGACAUGUACUCACUUGUUAUAUAAGCGUUCGUGGGCGACUGAAUAAACGCAGACGCUGAGCAUUCAAA